ACCUUUUAUCUCUAUCUACAUUGAUAAUAUCCAUAAGGAACUCGGAGAUAGAGAGGGGGAAGUGAGAGGAUAUAUAAACACAUACGUAGCCAUAGCCAUAGCCAUAGCCAUAGCCUCAGGGAAAGAAGAAGAGGAAGAAGAAGAAGAAGAGGCUAAGGUCGAAGAGGGGGUUCGAUCGGAUCGGAGAAUUAAUGGCGGGGGUGCAGGUGGCGUACGGGGGCUACCACGUGCUCACGAAGUCGGUGCUCAACGUUGGGAUGAACCAGGUCGUCUUCUGCGUCUACCGCGACCUCGUCGCCCUCUCCCUCCUCGCCCCCUUCGCCUUCUUUCGCGAGCGAAGGAUCCACCAACCAUUGACGCGUUACCUUCUAGUACAAUUUUUUCUCCUUGGUUUAACUGGCAUUUUUGGGAACCAGCUUUUAUUUCUCAUUGGUCUCAACUACACAAAUCCAACUUACGCAGCAGCUGUUCAACCUGCAAUACCAGUUUUCACAUUCAUCUUGGCUGCAGUAUUAGGUGUUGAGACGGUGAACUUGCUUGCAAAUGAUGGCCGGGUGAAAGUUGCAGGGACUCUUGUCUGUGUUUCUGGCGCUGUCUUAAUGGUCUUCUAUAAAGGGCCUGCUCUAUAUGGAGUAGAUAGCUCUGAUACUGUGAGCCAGAAUGAGCUAAGCAUUAAUGCUAAUUCACAUAUGGUUGGAUGGUUAGCAUCUCAAAUGCUGGGAUUUGGAAUUGAGAAGUGGCACCUUGGUGUUUUAUGCUUAAUUGGAAACUGUUUCUUAAUGGCUGCUUAUCUAGUUUUGCAGGCUCCAGUGUUAAAGACAUAUCCUGCUAGCCUUUCUUUGACCGCAUACUCAUACUUUUUCGCGACUAUCUUAAUGGUAUUGACUGGAUUAUUCGCUACAACCGGAUAUAAAGACUGGAUGUUAACACCAACCGAAAUUAUUGCUGUCUUGUAUGCUGGAAUUGUUGCCUCUUCUCUCAACUAUGCUAUAAUGACUUGGUCCAACAAAAUUUUAGGGCCUUCAAUAGUGGCUCUGUACAAUCCACUUCAACCUGCGAUGUCUACCUUCUUGUCAACCCUCUUCCUGGGAACGCCCAUCUUUCUCGGAAGCAUUAUUGGUGGGGUUUUAAUUAUUGCUGGCCUAUACGUGGUCACUUGGGCUCGUCACAGGGAGGCAAAAGCAGCCAGAUCGAUUGAUUAUGCGAAUGAAAACAUGGACCCUCUUCUUCAUGAGGAUCCACCAAGCCUCAAGACAUUAGAAAAAUGCUCCAGCUCUUCUAUGAUACCCUAGCCUGUGGUCCAACAGCAUGAUUGCAAAUAAGUUUUUAUCUCCCUAUUACUACUUUUAAGUACUUCUCAACAAAAAGUAUGGAAUGUAAAAGUCCUUUUCUACGGAAAGAUUCUUGCUGCAGAAAACGAAAAAAAAAAAAAAAAAAAAGGAUUCGCAUUUUAUCUUCCUUUGUACAGUAUAUCAAUUGUUGUGUUCUGUUAUUCACAAGUAAAAGGUGCAGGAUACCACCAGCCACAGUAUCUUAGCAGCAGCUGAACAUAAAAGGGUUUACCACAACCCGUAUUUCAAGUAAUUUGGGGAGGCAGUAUCACUAUCAUCCGCCCAGGCACAAAGUUCAGCAAUCAAUCCUAUGCAACUGCAAUGUAUGCUACUCUAUGCCGAGGCAAGCAAUAAAAUAUGGACCCCACUCUUUCAUGUUACUUUUCUUUCUCCUUUUGUUUCAGCUAUUUGUUGUGUGUGUCGAUUAUCAUCUUUUUAAAAUCAUUUAUUAUAUAUUUUGGAGAUGAAGCGCGAUGAAGUGCGACCUACUCGCAAUGCAGGUCAGCUGCUUUGACCUGAACUAGGAAUGAUUGCUGCAAAGUUGGCAGUGCCCGAAAUCUGAAUCCUCCCCGACAUGCAUAUCAGCAGAUGGGAUGUCUGUCUGGGGAAGCAGUGCUUUGUGCGUCAAGAGAGUUUUUCUUUUACAUUUUGCUGCUUGUGUUGUCUUUGUGGCCUUAAAUAUAAUCAGCAGAUACAGCUAAAAGAUGCUCCCAUCUGUAUCGCUGUCGCUUGCCUUAUUGACGCCUCUGAGAUGGUCCUUUUGAUA